AUGGGUCGACGCAUAUUCAUAGUGGUAGUAAUUACUACCAUUGUCGCGGUAAUUGAAAAAUUCCACGAUAUGAAACCUAGAAACUGGCAUGAAACCAGGAUAAUCGUCGAUAGAAAGUCAAGAUUUCAAGGUCGAUGUACUUCCUUAACUAAUUCCAACCAAAUACCAACACUAAUUGAGUUAUUUAAGCAAGAUCAUAAACGAUUAGUGAAAUCAUCUUCCCAUGCUUAUAUUUAUGCUUGGAGGACAGCAGACAAAGAUAAAGAAUGGAUGAAUGUUCAAUCAGGACAUUACGAUUGUGGGGAGAGUGGAGCAGGACUGGAACUCCUGAAGGUUAUUGAAAGAAGCGAUGUUUAUAAUGUGAUUUUGAUAGUCACUCGGUGGAUGAGUGGAGGAUCUAUAGGACCUAAAAGGUUUAAACACAUUAAUGAGGUAGGUAAGUUACUGCUUGAAGAUUUUGCUCAAAAGAAUGAUGAUUGA